AUGAAUGUGACUGUGAAAAGUGGUGCGCCAACUGUGGCUGUAGUUCCAGUACCGGAGAGUGAGAUGGAUGCACUGCUUCUUGGUCGUACAGCGGUGAGGAACUUUGAUCAGUACGUGCGACAUGUAUGUAUCUUUUACUCCUGCUAUGCUAAUUACAAAGUUUACAUCUUACAACGAAGUCUUUACUGUCAAGAUGACAAGAUUGAUUUAUUAAAAAACGAACGACCUAUUGCAGGUCAAAUUUGCCUUCGUUCGUAA